AUGUCGAAGAUGUUCUCCAAGGCUACGUCGGCCUUCAAGGGUCACAACGAUGCUGCCAGCAAUGGGAGCGAGGAAGGCGAGUCGCUCACAACAAUCCUCGAGAGUGAGGAGGAUCGCAGCGCCCUCACGAUCCUUAUUGCCGACUGCACUGAGUCUAUGCGACAAGUCAUCGUCGACGCCUUCGAUGCCAAAGAGACAGGCCAAAAAGGCGAUCAGCUGGUCAAUACGAAAGGCAAGGGAGACGAAAACACACCGCCUGCAGAGCAAGAGAAGACAGAUACUGCUGCCAAAGACCAACAAGCGAAGGAGCUGGCGAAGAGAGAGAAAGAGCUGAGCGAAGAGAAAAUGCAAGACCUGAAGAAUGCCGCGUUGAAGUUCUUCGAUGAGUGGAGGUCAUCGGUCAUUCAAAGAGUAGGCGAAGUCGUGAAUUCACGCGAGAAGGCUGAAUCACACAAACAUAAGGCGAAGCCAAAGAAGGAGGAUGAAGAGCCAAAGGCAGCACCAGAGAUGAAGUUCCCUGAUCUGCCCAAGUACGACGAAGGUGUACAGCGUUCGAUGAUGGAGCUGUAUCCGCCGGUCCAGAACACUCUACGGCGUCUUCCAGAAGAGCAAAAGGCACUAAUACUGCAUUCCUUGCUAUUGUUGCUGCUAAGCUUGGAGCAUUAUCAAUCACACUCGCGCGUACUGAUGCUACACAUCUCCACCAGCCUCCACCUACCGAUCGACAUACUCGCCCACGACGAAUCGAAAGUUGCUCGCGUACUUCUUACAGCGGCUGAGAAUAUGAGUGCGGAUGACGAGAAGAAGAAGAGGGCAGAAGAGAACAAGAGCGGGCGAAGGUGGAAGGUUGGUCUGGCUACAGUGGGUGGUGCAGCACUCCUGGCUGUGACUGGUGGUCUUGCGGCACCGCUUCUCGCUGCUGGCAUCGGCACAGUCAUGGGUGGACUUGGACUUGGGGCUACAGCUGCAGCUGGAUACCUUGGUGCCCUCGCUGGCAGCUCCGUGUUAGUCGGUGGUCUAUUUGGAGCAUACGGUGGACGAAUGACGGGUCGAAUGAUGGAUCAAUACGCACGAGAGGUUGAGGACUUCGCGUUUGUGCCGGUUACGGACUUUCACAAACCGAGGAAGAUCGAGAAAGAAUACCGAAGGCUGCGUGUGGGCGUUGGUAUCACUGGCUGGUUGACGAACCAAGACGAAGUCGUGGACCCAUGGAAAGUGCUCGGUGUCCAGCUGGAGUCGUUUGCUUUGCGUUGGGAACUCGAAGCUCUGAUGAGCCUGGGCAAUGCCAUGACCACCAUGGUGACAUCAGCAGCGUGGAGUGUCGCCAAAGUGGAAAUCAUCAAGAGGACUGUGUUCGGCGCUCUAUCUGCUGGACUGUGGCCUCUGGCUUUGCUAAAGGUUUCUCGAGUGCUGGAUAACCCGUUCAGCGUUGCCAACUAUCGAGCCGUCAAGGCCGGUGAAGUCCUUGCAGAUGCUCUUAUCAACAAGGCCCAAGGCGAACGGCCAGUAACAUUGGUGGGAUAUAGUUUAGGAGCGAAGGUCAUCUUCACCUGCCUCCAGCAUCUGGCUCAACGCAAGGCUUUCGGUCUUGUCGAAUCCGUGGUCCUCAUCGGCACACCCGCGCCAUCGACAGCCGCCGACUGGAGAAUGAUCAGGAGCGUCGUAUCCGGACGAGUCGUGAACGUCUUCAGUUCAAAUGACUACAUCCUCGGAUUCCUCUACCGGAGCCACAGCGUCCAGCUCGGUGUCGCCGGUCUGCAAGCCGUCGAGAACGUGAAAGGCGUGGAGAAUGUGGAUGUGAGUGACAUGAUCAAGGGCCACACUAGCUAUCGAUUCGCAACUGGUAGCAUCCUCCAGAAAAUCGGCUUCGAAGACGUUGAUUCCGAGGCCGUUGAGGAGGAAGAGAUGCUCCGCAAGAACCAGGAAAUGAAGGAAGAGCUGGAAUCUGAACGGGCAGAGUCAGAGCAAAAGGAGAAAGACGAUGCCACGAAGACAGGAGAUGCAGCGACCAAAGCUACUGGCGAAAAAGGCGAUGUCUCUGACGAGUACGUCAAUAACCUGGAGAAGGAAAUCGAGAAGAAGAACGAGCAGAGCUACGUCGGCUGGGCGCAGGAGAAGAUGGUCGGCGCAGGGACUUCUGCCAAAGUGGCUCUGGAGAAAGCGAGACUCCAGUGGCGGACUCGUAAUCAGACAGGCGAAGCUGGCAAUGCGGCGAAGAGUGCCGGCGAAUCGGCUUCCCAUGUGCCAUCGGCGGCGUGA